UGAUUAAAGAGAAACUGUCACUUGCUUAUACGCCCUUUUGAAAAAUUAACCGAGAAUUGAAUUUGAAAAAGAAAACACCAAAACAAAGCACAAAAAAUGUUGUUCAACAUCGUAACGAUAUGCGAAAAAAAUAACAUAUUAUGAUAGGAGUUUAGAAUAAACUUUCAAUCGAAAAAACAUUAAAGUGUUUAUUUUCCUGCUGAUUUGUGGAUCAAUGACAUCAUGAAAUUCCGUGCCGUGAUAAUCGAUACCAUUCAUAUGCGGGAGCUUCUGAACAUCAUAACGACUUGUUCGCGCAUAAACCGCAACUUUGCUAUCAAUAUAAAACCGUCCAAAAUGUUUAUUCAGAUUGAAACGAACGUGGAGGCUGCCCAAUUCCUGUGGUGUGAGAUAGAUACAUCAAAUCGUAAUGGAUUUUUCAGUGAAUACGUUAUGGAUGGAGUAGAUGAGGAACAUAAUGAAAUUUAUCUCACUGGGCAGUCGGCAAAUUUUGUACGCGCCUUGUCCACCUUGAAAAAUACACCCGUGAAUUAUAUGAAGCUUAAGCUGAUUAAAACGGAUCUCGCCUAUCUGAUGGUUGAAAUUAGCGGAACUGUUAACAAUGACGGUGAAAUCAUAUGUCCCAAGAUACAGCAUUCAAUCCCGGUGACAGUAGUUCCUCGAAGUGAGUGGAUAAGUUUUCAUCUUCCUCUAAACAUGGAUUACCAUUUGACCACGAGUAUGCCAUCAAUCAAAUCACUCCAAGGAUUACUGGACAAGAUGAAGAAUCUUUCGCCGUCGGUAACUAUUUACGUGACAUUGGCAGGGGAAUUUUCAUUGGUAGUAGAAACAGACGUGGUUACUGUAGGUAGUCAUUACAAGGGUUUGCAGAGUGGUUUGGCACAAUCACUUGAUACAGCCGAUGCUACGGAGGAAACGGAAACCUUAACGGAGGCAGCUUGCAGGGUUGACUCGAAAAAAUUGUGCACACUUCUGGAGUGUUUGAACUGUUUCGAUAUGAAAAUGAUGGCCAAUAUUAAAAACCAAAUCUCAUUCAAUGUAAAGUACGAAAUUAGGGACAACGUAUUUAUGAACUUUGUGCUGCCAGCAGUUGAAUUCGAAUAACAUGAUAAAGACUAUAGCGUUUUCAAUGAAUAUUCUUUU